CAAGAAGACCCUCCUGUGGGUGUCAGUGGUGCACCAUCUGAGAACAACAUAAUGCAAUGGAAUGCAGUUAUAUUUGGGCCAGAAGGGACACCAUUUGAAGAUGGUACUUUUAAACUAGUAAUAGAAUUUUCGGAAGAAUAUCCAAAUAAGCCUCCAACUGUUAGGUUUUUAUCAAAAAUGUUCCAUCCAAAUGUUUAUGCAGAUGGCAGCAUAUGUUUAGAUAUUCUUCAGAACCGUUGGAGUCCAACGUAUGAUGUCUCAUCUAUUUUAACUUCCAUUCAGUCUCUGCUGGAUGAACCCAAUCCAAACAGCCCAGCCAACAGCCAGGCAGCACAGCUCUAUCAGGAGAACAAACGUGAAUAUGAGAAGAGAGUUUCAGCUAUUGUUGAGCAAAGCUGGAACGAUUCCUAACAGCUGCUCUGUUACCCCCCUGUCCUCCUCACUGUUACCUACACUUCAGCUCUCAGUAGAAAAGCCACCAGAAAUCUCAAGUGCCACAGCCCUAAAGAAUUUGCAUCAAAACUCAUUGACAAAAAUAAAACCAAACCAAAACGAAGCCCUCCAGUUUAGGCAACUUCAAAGCUUGUGUAUCAUGAUUAACGUACUUUUUAUUGCAUGGGAUGAACUAAGUUAUUGCUACAUAAAUUUGUAAUAUAUCCUGUUUGUAUUUUUUUUUUUUUUUUCCUUUUUUCCAAGUGUAUAAUGUUGGUGUGGAGUUUUCAUGACAGAAUAGAGACAUUUUGUAAAUCUGUACUUUUUUCAAAUAUCAAAUGCCUUAUUUUUUGAAUUCUUUAGAUUUUUAAAUUGGAGAAAAAAGCACUUAACAAAGUUUUUAUAUAUAAAUAUUUCAUGUAAAACUGUUAAAUACAUAACCUUAGUGCAAGACA